UCCAUGAGCGCAACUCCUCUUCUUCUGGUGAUCACGUCUCUGUUGUGUACACUAUGAUUUGACGAACCGCUUUCCUGGGUAACUACCUUGUAGCGUUGCUUUCUUUUCUUCCUUUUGCCGAGUGUCCUUAGAUGGCACAUGAGUUACAAACCUUUGCUGUUGUCACACGAAUUGUGACAUUCUUUUCUCGUCCUGCUCUUUUCCUCCCUUCAAAGCCUUUCAGAGAUCAGAUAGUCCUCUGAUUCGAUCUCGAUAUGGUUCGAGCGAUCCCUAUGACGGUCAUCGCAUCUUGGCCGCCUGCGAACUUCGAUGAUCCGUUGAGGAGGGGGCCGGGAUUAGUAACCCUCGCAGCAUCUCUUAUUGCCGUUGUUGCCAUUCUUGUGUUGUUGAGGCUGUAUGUUCAUAUGUUUAUCCUCCGAUGGGUCUCAUGGGAUGAUGUAUUUAUCGUCCUGGCAUUUAUCUCUGUCUGCGGCAUGACUACGUGCACCGUGGUUGCUUAUAAACACUACGGUUGGGAUCGUCACAUAUGGGACACCCCUUUCGAUAAGUUCAGCAAAGCCCUCUACCUCGCCUGGUGGACGAAGAUCGUUUAUUCGACGGCUGCAUGCUUCACUCGCUUGUCGCUUCUUUGCUUUUAUUACCGAGUCACACAAGAGAGUACGAAAAAUGGCUUCAGACUAUGCAUCUACGCAUCUACUGUCAUUUCAAUCCUCUGCGGAGUCACUCUUGUGUCAUUGACAAUAUUCCAAUGCAGACCAAUUCGCGCCUUCUGGACCUUCCCUCCAUUGGAAAACCAAAAAUGCCUCGAUGACGGAAAAUUAACUCUCGGAGGCGGCAUCACAAAUACUGUUGUCGAUUUAAUGGUUAUUAUAUUACCUAUCCCCUUGAUUCUUGGAUUAGAGCUUACUCCACGUCAACGCGUAGGCGCCAUUGUUUUGGUUAGUCUUGGGUUGGUUGUAUGCGUUGCCGGCGCGGUACGAGCUUACUACAGUUGGUAUGCGCUGAUAGCAACUUACGAUGAUACUUGGAAUGGCUUCGGCAUAUAUAUUGCUGCAACAAUAGAACUGGAUCUUGGAGUGAUAUGCGCUUGUGCACCCGCUGUUCGAGCCUUUGUCAUGAAAGUCUUUCUUCCCCGAAUCGCAACUAUUGUCUCGAUAUUGUCGCAUAGAGCAUCAAAAGACAUUCAGAUGCACAAACAGCCUGCGGUUGAGUCUCAAGCACCGAGACAAAAUGAAGGUUCAGAAAUGGGGGCUGAAUAUGCUUCGCAUCUGCCGAGAAUAAACCAUAUACAGGCUGAGAAAGACGAUCCAUUGCGAGUACGCCAUUUCAACGCGACGAGACCAUUGCAUCCGCCUCCAUCAGAUGCCCAAGUUCUGCGUGCGAACUUUAGAAGAGCAGAUUUACUCAUUUUCCCACGCCAUUCCUUCUCUCAAGUACGAAAAUCUGCCGCAUCACUCGAACGACCGUUCAUCGACCUUGACACGACAGAAAUGACCGUACGAAAAAACCUGACCCCGAAGAUUGCUCGAAGCCCUCUUGAAACUCGAUCUCAUCGGCGUGAACGUGAUGGAGAAGAAGAUUUACUGGACGGGUCUGUUAUCGACCUCGAUGACGCCACGGGAAGUGUAAGUACGCCGAUGUCUGCCACAGAAAGCAUCGUUGGGGGUUUACCCUCCUUUCCCCUGUCACCGACGUCGACAGUGGCUUCCUCGAAAAAGCGUUCAGACACCCUUCGCAUUCCAAACAGCACUCUCAAAUUAUCCAGAGAAUCGUCUAGAGGCGCCUUCAGGCAGACGGGUUCGACAGGCUCGAUUCGUUUCUAGUCUCGUCCGCAUAACAACACGAAUACCGUCAAAAAUGAAAUAAAAUAAAAAGGACAAAAGAAGGCUGAUAUUCUUCAUACAAUCUCGCAUAAGACGCCAUAUUCGUCGCGAAUGCCGCGAUGCCGAAAGCAGCAAUACAAGUCACUACAGGGGCGUUACUACACGAGACAGAACCAAAUCUUCGAUAAGGCAGGAUGCAGUGAUGAUCCUAAUGGUGCUGAGGCAUCUCAAAAAGAUGUUUCUGCGUCAGCCUAUGGUCAAGAGAAGCAUUGCCGCUUCGGGAAAGACAUGCUGCAAUACGAACCUACCUAGGUAGUGAGGGUGGUUGUCCUUGUUACUGAGACUUCAGAAAAGUUUUGAGAUUUUCAAGUCUUCACGGUAGGAAAAUUCAAAAUCUGUCAGAAUAACAAUACAAAUUUGGAUACAGUCUACUGAAUCUGCGUCUAUAAAAAACGAG